AUGGCCUUACAGAAGGAUGCAGAGAAUAGCUGGGAUGAGAACUACCCUGAGAACAAGAUGAAGGAGCAGAAGUGGAGCCCAAAGGAAGAGGAUGACAAGAUGGAGGAUACAGCAGAGGAUGAUGCUUUGUGUGAGCAGAAGGAGGAAGAUGAGGAUGAAGCUGGCUCAGUGCCAGUGAAGCAUCCCUGCCCCCAUCCUGGCCCCCAUGCCUUCAUCUGUGGUAACUAUGGCAAGAGGUUCAGCAGGAAAAAUGACCUUGUGAAGCAAUGCCUCAGCCACAGCAGUGAGAAAUCCUUCACCUGCAAGGCCUGCAGGAAGAGCUUCAAAUACAGCUCCAAACUCACCAUCCACCGCCGCAUCCACACUGGAGAGAAGCUGUUCCCCUGUGCUGAGUGCGGCAAGAGCUUCACCACGAGCACUUUAUUCAUCCAGCACCAACUCAUCCACAGCGGUGACAAACCCUACAGCUGUGCUCACUGCGGCAAGAGCUUCAGACGGAGCUCCACCCUCACCGAGCACCGUCGUGUGCACACUGGUGAGAAGCCUUUCACCUGUGCUGACUGCGGCAAGAGCUUCACAGAGAGAUCCAACCUCACGCGGCACCACCGUGUACACACUGGUGAGAAGCCUUUCACCUGUGCUGACUGUGGCAAGAGCUUCAAAGACAGCUCUACCCUCACCAUCCACCGCCGCAUCCACACUGGAGAGAAGCUGUUCCCCUGUGCUGAGUGCAGCAAGAGCUUCACCACGAGCACUUUAUUCAUCCGGCACCAACUCAUCCACAGCCAUGACAAACCCUACAGCUGUGCCCACUGCGGCCAGAGCUUCACACAGAGCUCUUACCUCACCCGGCACCGUCGUGUGCACACUGGUGAGAAGCCUUUCACCUGUGCUGACUGUGGCAAGAGCUUCACACAGAGCUCCAGCCUCACCAAGCACCGUCGUGUGCACACUGGUGAGAAGCCUUUCACCUGUGCUGACUGUGGCAAGAGCUUCAGCUUUAGUUCCUAUCUCACCAAGCACCGUCAUGUGCACACUGGUGAGAAGCCUUUCACCUGUGCUGACUGCGGCAAGAGCUUCAGCAGCAGCUCCAAUCUCACCCAGCACCGUCAUGUGCACACUGGUGAGAAGCCUUUCACCUGCCCUGACUGUAACAAGAGCUACAGCAGCAGCUCCAGUCUCACCAAGCAUCGCCGCAGCCACACCAGUGUGCAGCCCACAGUGCGGGGGAGGCACAAAUAG